AUGGUUGACUACUAUAGAAUACUUGGUGUGACUCGUACAUCUUCAGACGCAGAGAUAAAAAAGGCGUAUCGGAAACUUGCCCUUAAAUGGCACCCUGAUAAGAAUCCUGACAAUGCAGAUGAAGCUAAUAGGAAAUUCAAAGAGAUAUCUGAAGCUUAUGAGGUUUUAUCAGAUGCUAACAAGCGGAAAGUGUAUGAUGCACGUGGGUCCAGUCACCAUGGCCACAGAUAUCAGAGCAAGAAUGGAGUUAAUGGCCAUCGGCACUUUAGCUUCAAGGGUUUUUUUGGAGACACACCUUUCCAUCGGUUCUUUGAAAGAAAACGACGUGUUUACGAUCAGUAUGGCAAAGAAGGUCUAAACAGCAGCCGCGGGCGCCGAUCAACUACAGAUGAAGAUUAUGACUUUGGAUAUCACAGCUUCCCGUUCACAUUCCGCGAUCCAGAGGAAGUUUUUAGAGAAUUUUUUGGCGGAUCUCCGUUUAGUGAACUUUUUGCAGAUAUAAAUGGACACGGUAACCAUAGACACGGACGUCGUAGUCACCAUCCAAGCACAUCCCUAACAUCAUCAUUGUUCAAUCCGUUUGGCUUCGGGAUGCAAGGUCUGGAUGAUUUUUUCCAAGCCUCUAACGGGAACGCAUUCACUUCUUUCUCGACAUUCAAUAGCUCGCUGGCGGGCCCUGGAAGUGCUAAUAUGAGAAGUACUACAACCACCACUCGCGUAGUCAAUGGAAAGAAGAUUACUACUAAAAAAGUAAUGGAGAAUGGUCGGGAAACUGUGAUGUCUUACGAGAAUGGGGUCCUAAAAUCAAAGACUGUCAAUGGUGUACCUCAAUCACUAACAUACAGUUAA